CACAAACACCCCCCCAUCUCUCUCCUCUCCUCCCCCUUCUUAUUCUUUAGCUGACCUCACCUAAGAAAAGUAGGACUCAUCAUCUUCUUCUUCUUCAUCAUUAUCAUUCAUCAACUCCUUCAAUACCGAACAGCUCAAAAUCCCUAAACGUAGCAAAAGCAGUCACCUUUUUCGUCUUUGUUCUCGAGAAAUCUCAAAGCGAAGGCCAUGGGGGAAAAGGGUGUGCCGUUGCCAAAAUUUGGUGAAUGGGACGUCAAUGAUCCAGCAUCAGCUGAGGGAUUCACUGUAAUCUUCAACAAGGCUAGGACUGAGAAAAAGGCAGGUGGAAGACCUGACUCACCAUCAAAGGAUGACCACGCAUUUAAGCACGGAGCAGUUCUUGGAAAGCCUCCCGCUAAGAAAUGGUUUUGCUGCUUGCGUGCGGAAUCGUGAAGAGGCACCUACCAUGUCAUAAACUUUACAGGAGAUAUUAUUAUGUAGUAAUGCCCCCAUGCCGAUAUGUAUUCCAGAAGACUGGAGCUGUGUUCAGAAGCCGUGAUUGGUCCUGCUGGAAUCUGUUUGCUGUCUUUAUGAACAUUGGUAGAAAUGUGGGCUUAUUUGGGGACAGACAUGAUUGGAAAAUGAUACUGUUUUACAUUUAUGUAUACUGGUAAACUAUAUUUGCAUGUAGCUUUAUCUUCUUGAAUCAAUGCUUGAUUCUGAGUUUAUCGUGACUCUUCGUUUCCUGUGUUCGAUUCAGUUUGAGUUUCGUUGUGACUGUAUUUGCAUAUUGGUGCAAUGUGUAGCUUUCUGUUUUCUUUUAUAUGAAGUAAUUUUUCCCCCUUCAA